AUUUAUUUCAAAGAGUUAUAUAAUUUAUUGCCCAUAUAAAUCAAACUCUCAGCACAGUAGCGUAUUCAGUUCACUGAUUUAUAUUUAGUUAAAAGUUACCAUAGAGAAUUAGUAUUAUUUUGUUUACGAGAAAAAUGGAGCCUGCAUCUACUCUUAAAACUAAGUGGGAAGGCAGCGAGAUUAAAACAAUGCUUGGCAUUGUCCAAGAAAUGAAUUUGGUUAGUCUGCUUGACCAAAAUAAGUCCAGGUCAGAAGUUCUGUACAAAGAGGUUGAGAAACAGUUGACAGCAAAAGGAUAUGAAAAAAGUUUCCAACAAAUACGUAAUAAAGUCAAGGCGUUGCGUUCCAAUUUCAACAAGAUAGUACGUCUGAAUUCUGUCAGUGGGGCGGCUCACAAAACAUGCGAGUAUUACGAUGAGCUCUAUGAAAUUUUCGGCCAUCGUCCAGCAGUUGAUUAUACCCAUAUGGGAGUCAAUUUUGGAAUCACCAACACGGUGUCACUAGAAAUCGAGGAAUCACAGAAUGAAAUGCUUUUUAGCACACCAGAAGAUCAAGGUGCUGAAGAAGGGGCAACUUCAUGCUCAGGUGGUGAAGAAGGGGCAACGUCAUGCUCAGGUGCUGAAGAAGGGGCAACUUCCAGUACCGACAUUUCAUCUAAUUAUGGCGAGAAUUCAUAUUCUGGAAAAAGACAUUCUGUUGACUUGGAAAGCCUUUUCGAAAAGCAACGAAUAUGGGAAGAAAAUAUGAUGCGUGAACAAAUGGAAGCUCAUGCCAAAUUAUUACGAGAGGCUGUGCAAGAGAUGGGAUCGGUAUUUUCUGCAUGCGUUUCACAGCUUUCGAAAACUCAAGACACCAACAAAUGAAUCUCAAGUUUACUGGGCCACAACAACCAUACUCAAGUGUCGAAAAUGCGUUUAUUCUCAAAAUGACAAAUUGAAAUUGGUGCAUGCUACAAUAAAUAUAAAAACCAAAA